CCGCCGGUAAUAACACAUAGUCGCACCAAGAGCUUUUUGACUGGUGUUUCACAAAAAUGGGUUUCGUGGAAGAAGCAAGAGAAAAUCACGUCAAAAAGAAAGUCGAAGAAGCUUUACGAAGCAAAAUGAAGGCAAAGGCGCUAAAGGAAUGUGAUUAUUACACUGCUAAAUAUGCAGAGUGUGCUUCAGGGAGAACGUUUUCCGUUGUUUGGAAAUGUCGGAAACAAGCUCAAGAACUAAAUACAUGUCUUCAUCAGUAUACGAAUGACAGUCAGCUGGAAGAAAUGAAGAAAGAGUACACACUUCAACAGGAUGGGAAAGGACCAUUAGGUGUUUAAGGGUAAGCAAUUCAUGUUUCGUUAAUUUGAAGAGACUUUAUGGCUUGCCUGCUCUUUAAUUGCAACUCGUUAUCGUUUUAAAAGUUCUCGGAAAUUAAUUAAUCUUCGCUAAUUGCGAUUAGUGUAUGAAAUUUUUUACACAAGCUUUGGAAGCUACAGGUGAUCAGUUUAAGCAUUUAAGAUCUAGCAUGUGUUUUUCAUGUAACACAUGAUGUAUUGUAAACAAAGUAGGUCUCGUUGAAAUCGACUUAUGUGGGGUUUGUUGUAAGAUCCCACAUCAGUUGGGAAAA